ACCCAGCGAUCGUUAUGACCUCCCGGCUACGUGCGUUGGGUGGAAGAAUUAAUAACAUACGUGCCUUAGAGUUGCCCAAGGAGAAAACCCGAUCCGAAGUUGUCUGCAGUAUUCGCUUCUUAGAUGGCCUGGUACAGACCUUUAAAGUUAACAAGCAAGAUACAGGUCAAGUUCUCCUGGAUCUGGCGCACAACCACGUGGGUGUGUCCGAAAAGGAGUAUUUCGGUUUGCAGCACGGAGAUGACCCAGUCGAAUCUCCUAGAUGGCUGGAAUCAAGCAAACCCAUCAGGAAACAGCUGAAAGGAGGUUUCCCCUGUACUCUGCAUUUUCGAGUAAGAUUUUUUAUACCUGAUCCCAACAAACUGCAGCAAGAACAAACCAGGCAUUUGUAUUUCUUACAACUGAAGAUGGAUAUUUGUGAAGGAAGGUUGACCUGUCCUCUUAACAGUGCGGUGGUUCUCGCCUCCUACGAAGUACAGUGUCAGUUUGGAGAUUAUAAUUCUUCUACCCAUCUUCCGGGCUAUCUUGCCGAGAGUCAGUUUAUACCAGAUCAGAAUGAUGACUUUUUAAAGAAGGUAGAACUGCUCCAUGAACAGCACAGCGGACUGAAGCAGUCAGAAGCCGAAUCGUGCUACAUCAACAUCGCACGGACCCUCGACUUCUACGGCGUGGAACUGCAUGGAGGCCGGGAUCUGCACGGCUUAGAUCUGAUGGUCGGAAUUGCUGCUACGGGCAUUGCGGUAUACCGGAAAUAUAUAUGCACAAGUUUCUAUCCUUGGGUGAACAUUCUAAAAAUCUCUUUCAAAAGGAAAAAAUUCUUCAUCCACCAGCGACAGAAGCAGACUGAAUCCAGGGACCAUAUCGUGGCCUUCAACAUGCUAAACUACCGGUCUUGCAAAAACCUGUGGAAAUCCUGUGUGGAGCACCACACGUUCUUUCAGGCCAAGAAGCUUCUACCUCAGGAAAAGAAUGUUCUGUCUCAGUACUGGACUCUGGGCUCCAGGAACCCCAAAAAGUCUGUAAAUAACCAGUAUUGCAAAAAGGUGAUUGGAGGAAUGGUGUGGAACCCAGCCAUGCGGAGAUCUUUAUCUGUGGAGCAGCUAGAAACCAAGAGUCUGCCCUCUCGCUCUCCUCCUAUUACUCCCAACUGGCGCAGUCCAAGGCUCCGGCACGAGAUCCGAAAGCCCCGGCACUCCUCUGCCGACAACCUUGCCAGCGAAAUGACUUAUAUCACUGAAACAGAAGAUGUGUUUUACACAUACAAGAGCUCUCUGUCCCCCAAGGACAGCGACUCUGACGUCUCCCAGACCCGAAGCCCACACCGAGAGAGUGUGUCCGAGAGCCACCCACCGCAAAGCUGCCCAACCCAGAAGUCAUCCAGUUCUGUGUCUCCGUCCUCAAAUGCUCCAGGCUCUUGCUCCUCUGAUGGCGUCGACCCACAGUUCUUAGACGACUUCCACAGGGUGACCAAAGGGGGCUCCACUGAGGACUCCGGCCAGUACUACUGCGACAAGAAUGAUAACGGAGACAGCUGCUUAGUCUUAAUCCGCAUCACACCAGAUGAAGACGGGAAGUUCGGAUUCAACCUUAAGGGAGGAGUGGAUCAAAAGAUGCCUCUCGUGGUAUCAAGGAUCAACCCAGAGUCGCCUGCAGACACCUGCGAUCCUAAGCUGAACGAAGGGGAUCAAAUCGUGUUAAUCAAUGGCCGGGACAUCUCAGAGCACACCCAUGACCAGGUGGUGAUGUUCAUCAAGGCCAGCAGGGAGUCCCACACGCGGGAGCUCGUCCUGGUGAUCCGGAGGAAAGUUGUCCGCUCACUCUCUGACAUCAAAUCCGAAGAGGAGCUGAGCCAGCUUUUCCCGGAGGCCAUUUUCCCCACGUGUCCGGAGGGUGGGGACACUCUGGAGGGCUCCAUGGAAGAGCUGAAGAAGGGCCUGGAGAGCGGGACGGUGCUGAUCCAGUUUGAGCAACUCUAUAGAAAGAAACCUGGUUUGGCCAUCACAUGUGCAAAACUGCCUCAAAAUUUGGACAGAAAUCGAUAUAAAGAUGUGCUGCCUUAUGACACCACCCGGGUAUUGCUGCAGGGGAACGAAGACUAUAUCAAUGCAAGCUACGUGAACAUGGAAGUCCCUGCCGCUCACCUCGUGAACAGAUACAUCGCCGCUCAGGGACCCCUGCCUCACACCUCUGCUCAGUUCUGGCAAGUCGUCUGGGAUCAGAAGUUGUCCCUGAUCAUCAUGUUGACAACGCUCACGGAGCGAGGGCGGACCAAGUGUCACCAGUACUGGCCCAACCCCCCCGACGUCCUGCAGCAGGGGAGCUUUCAAAUCCGCUGCCAGUCCGAGGACUGCACCAUCGCCUGUGUGUUCCGAGAAAUGCUGGUCACCAACACGGAGACUGGAGAGGAGCGCAAGGUGAUACACCUCCAGUACGUGGCCUGGCCUGACCACGGCGUGCCCGACGACUCCUCCGACUUCCUGGAAUUUGUCAGAAGCAUGCGGACCCUGAGAGUGGACAGUGAACCCAUCCUCGUUCACUGCAGUGCUGGAAUUGGGCGGACAGGCGUGCUGGUGACCAUGGAGACAGCCAUGUGCCUCAUCGAGAGGAACCUGCCCGUGUACCCGCUGGACAUCGUCCGGAGGAUGCGAGACCAGCGCGCGAUGAUGGUGCAGACAUCAAGCCAGUACAAGUUCGUGUGCGAGGCGAUCCUUCGUGUUUACGAGGAAGGCUCAGUCCAGGUGCUGGAUCCCAGUUAAGGCAGCCGGGAGGGCCGCCGUUCCUCCUUCCCGGGGGCGUCGCUCCCCAGGACAGACCUUCUCUCUGGAAGCAGCGCGGGGCCUGGACAGGAAGCCGCGGGAAAGGACUGAGAGCGUGUGCGCUCAGGCACUUUAACUCUCCCCGGAGAGGCAUCGUGUACAUAGGAACCGUGUAGAUAGCGCAUGCCGUGACGGUCUCCUUUAGGUCUGCUGCUCCGGCGGGGAUCUCAGCCUGGGGACCAUGCAAACCCCUCGCUCCCUAGAUGUUCCCGUAUCCCUCCAGACCCACCCCGGGCGGGUGAGGGGCACACCGGCAGUGUCGCUGGCCUUCUGGAGACGUGGCGGAGUGGCCGCUGAGGGUUGUUGCUGGGAUGUGCUGUGAGGAGAGCACCCGAGGCCGACCUCUCUGUGCUCCUGUGUGGAGUUGGCACAAUUCGCACCUGCCCCCCACCCCCAAUGCUAAGGGAACCCCAAAGAAUGUACUAGAAGGCGAGGUGGCGGGCCGGCCGGCCGAAGGGCCAGUCUCCCCUUCCUUGGCCUCAUCCCCUUGCCACUUCCCAUAUUUGUGUUUCUGGGGAUCUUGUCCCAAAUACUGGUGUGUCCCGAGCCCACGUUAGCGACCCCCUUCAGGGCUGGGCUUGAACCUGAACCCGAGUCGGAGUGUGGGUCUGGGCGGGCCUUGCCAGGAACUGAACAGGGGCCCGCAGGGGCGACCUGUGCGUCCCUCUCCAGAGCAAGUUCCUUUGCCCUCUGCGCCCCCCCUGACUGAACGCCCAAACCUGGGAUUGGAAUCACCCACUACUGAGUCUACUACAUGUUAUUGCUGCUACUUCAAGCUCUUACACUUGAAACAUUUUGAUUUUUUUUUUCCUGAGGGGGAGAUGGGAUAUCAUCUAAAUAUUCUGACUCUUUGACCCUUCCUAG